AACAUUGCCUCCCCGUCACGUCACGCGGGCUUUUUUUAUACCAAUUUGUUUUAGUGCCCUUGAGCUGUUUCUCUUGAUGAAAAAAAAUCCACGGAAACAAUCGGGGAACGGUUUUGCCUUAGGUUAGUCUGGUCUUGUCUCUGAUGACGGCUGGACUGAAGGCGACGAAAGUGAUGCCAAGUAACGCCGCGAGGACGAGCACGAUGCUGCCCCUUCGCCUCCUGCUGGCGGUGCUGGCGGCGGGGCUGGUGGUGGAGACAGCCGCUGCUUACGUCCCGCACGCACCUGUUGAACGCUUGAGGAGACAGCUGGCAGAGAAGAGGGGACCAGACGACAACAAGCCCGUCCAGCCUCCUGGACUGAUCCAUCGACCUCGAAAUGACCCCAGACCCGGCCAGCCUCCUGCAGGGAAGGGCCCGGCGGGAGGUGAUGCGGCCAAGGAUGGUGCACAAAACCAAUGCCAGAGCGAGAUUUGUGAGUUGCUGCGAAAAUUGUGCUCGAGCUCAGGAACAGGGCCAGUGAAGCUUCCCGACAAAAUCUGCGGCUCUCUGUUACCACUGUGCCUCGCCACCCCCGCCGUAGACGAAGACGCGAUGGCGGAGGUUCUGGACCCCCGUGAAGCCGAAGCCAACUGCUCACCAACAGGGCUUCACUUAUAAGUCCUGCAGGAUGGAGCCGUUCCGGACAGUCCCAGCAGUGAUGGUGGGGAAAAACGUGAUUGGCUGACGUCUUCCGACAGUUAAAUAAUACAACCAAAGAUACUGUUAACCGACCUUCUCGCUCACCAGUCCAUGGGUGUGGUCCAUCUUUCGAAGUUUCAAUCUUUUGUUCAACGACAACCUGAGUGGUGAGUCUGUUCCAUUCUUUCACUACCUUUAUUGUGAACCAAGUCUGCCCUUCUCCUUACUUAACACCAGUAUUGACCUACUGAUCUUAGUUUACCCACUGAUAUAUGUGUCCUAAAUCAUCUUUUAUUAAAAUCAAUCUAUUAACAGUAACUUUAUUAUCGGUAAGGUCACAACGCAAGCUACGACUUUCCAACGGAUACACAUAAAGGCGCUUUAGCCCAUCCCGGUGCGGCAAUUUUUUUAGUUCCUGAAAGGUGAUGACCAGCAGCCUCAGGAAUAAACGCGACAAGUGUUCCAACUCGCUGCUGUUACUGCACAAAACACAAUGAUCAAUGAUUUCUACGCCUGUCCCAUUGUCCGAUGAAAAAUAUGCAGCUUUUCGAAGACAUACGUUUAAAAUAAAAGAACCUUACAUUAGCAAA